GGACGUCAAAGGCGCGUGUCUUGCAUGGGGGCGCUAUGCAUUAGACUUGGAGAGUACAUACAUAGAUCCUCUCAUGCAGGGUCGCGGACAUAAUAUCACCAUACCCAACACCCCGAGUCGGAUAGUUACUAUAGAUGGGAUUAUCACCAGAAUAUGAUCAAUAAUCACUCGUAGUUUAGGGACUUAAUAUUUCCUUCUUCGCGUUAGCUUUGUUCUUGGGGUUGUUAAAUAUCGAGGUUGAUUCCUCAGCAGUUGUUUUUAAUCAGUAGCUCGACAGCAUCAAUAUUCUCCUCUCUACAGUUGAAAACAGAAGUAUUACAAGAUUACAUCUUCUUUAGUGAAAGAAACUACUAAAACUUAGUCACAAUGGCGGCCAAAUUCUCCAGCAAACUCACGGGCAAGCACGUCCUUGUCAUCGGCGGUACUAAGGGUAUCGGACGUGGUGUCGUGGAGGGUUCCAUCGAAGCUGGUGCCCGUGUUACCAUCUCAGGGUCUUCUCAGAAGUCCGUCGAUGUUACUCUUAGCGAGGUCAAGGCCGAAUACCCCGAUGCUCCUGUCACCGGCGUCCCUUGUGACUUAUCCAAGGAGACUGUCGAGCAGGACCUCGAGGCCCUCUUCACUGAAGUCGAGAAGCAACAGCCUAUCGACCAUGUCGUUCUUACCGCGGCGGAUGUCUUACCCGUCAUGAAAGUUGAAGACUUCUCCUACGACAAAAUCCGCAAAGGCUCACACAUGCGCUUCAUCCUGCCCAUCCUCCUAGGAAAAAUCACCAAACGCCACGUCGCAGCCAGCGUCAACAACAGUCUCACAAUCUCCACCGGCGGUAUUGCUGAGAAGCCGAACGCCGGUUGGAGUGUAGCGGCCUACAUGGGCGCCGGACUAACCGGUCUCGCGCGCAAUCUAGCCCUCGAUCUAGCACCUUUGCGUGUCAACGCUGUAGAACCUGGGUUCGUUGAUACACCGCUAUGGGAAGUGAUGGGUCUCGAUGCGGCGGCGCGCGAGAGGGAGUUUACGAAGUGGGGGAAGUUGUUGCCGACGGGGAAGGUUGGGCAGGUUGUUGAUGUUGCGGAGGCGUAUUUGUAUCUUAUGAGGGAUCAGAAUGCGACGGGGGAGAUUGUUAAGACGCGUGGUGGGCAUAAUUUGAUCUGAGCUAGUGCGUUAUCAUGAGAUUGAGGGUUGAGGGAUUGCUAGACUUUGGCCUGUGGAGGGUAUAGGGAAAUGGUCAUGGAGGAUUGAUAUGCAUGGGAAUAUUCGCUAGUUCCUUUGAGGAUAGUAGAUAGAUAUUUUGCUUGAAAAAUGAGACACUCGUUUAAAGUCGUUCCUUUGACGUCAUCGCCAGCUUUCGUACGAGAACAUCUGAAUUAAGAAAAAAUAAUUCCACACAUUGUUCAAAUGGGGAGAAUCAUAGUGUAGACCAAAGACCCGAGUAGAGUGUCUUCUAUGAAUGAACAUAAUACAGAAUAUUUGAAAGGAUUAGACCAAAAAAC